AUGGACGCUGCAAUCAGAGCACAGAGUCACAUGAUCCAAGCAGCCAUCUCAGCGUGUUCAGGCUCUGAUGGCGUGCUGGUGUGUGAGGUCACAGCCUUCCAUGGUUUCGCUGUCCUGGACCUGAGAUCCAGCUGCAGCUCCUGGUACCUGAGGCCGGGCGAGGGAGCUGCAGAGAGGCGAGGCUCUCACAGCAGCGGAGCCUGUUACUGCAGUACCAGUACUCCCAGCACGUGUACUGUGAGCAGCGCUAGUCAGAGUGUUACUGUGUGUGAAGUCAUUUCCUGUCUCUCUCUCAGGCAGCAGUGUGUGGCCACCGAGGAGAGCCCGCAGGUCUUCUUCUGCUGCUGUGAAGGAAACUUCUGCAACGAGCGCUUCACCCACCUGCCGGACAUCACCGUGCCACUGAUCAAGGCCCCGCCCCACAGCGUGGGUGUGUUAAACGUGAUGAUUUACUGCCUGCUGCCCGUCACCAUGCUGUCUGUCGCUCUGCUCACCACCGUCUGGAUGUACCAACACCGCAAACCUCCGUAUGGACACGUGGACAUUGCCGAGGAUCCUGGUCCACCUCCUGCCUCCCCCCUGCUGGGGCUGAAGCCUCUGCAGCUGCUGGAGGUGAAAGCCAGGGGGCGCUUCGGCUGCGUCUGGAAGGCUCAGAUGAUGAACGAACACAUGGCCGUGAAGAUCUUCCCCAUGCAGAAUAAGGACUCCUGGGAGACCGAGAGGGACGUGUUCAUGACGCCGGGCAUGAGGCACGAGAACAUCCUGAGGUUCAUCGCCGCAGAGAAACGAGGGAGCCACCCCGAGGCCGAGCUGUGGCUCAUCACAGAGUUCCACGAGAGGGGCUCGCUGUCGGGCUUCCUGAAGGGAAACAUGAUCAGCUGGUCCGAGCUGUGCCACAUAGCCGAGACGACGGCGCGCGGCCUGGCAUACCUCCACGAAGACGUCCCCCAACUGAAGGGAGAGGGUCCCAAACCGGCCAUCGCCCACAGGGAUUUGAAGAGUAAGAACAUCAUGCUGCGCUCGGACCUCACGGCGGUGAUCGGAGACUUCGGCCUCGCCGUUUGCUUCGAGCCAGGGAAACCGCCGGGAGAGACGCACGGACAGGUGGGCACCAGGCGCUACAUGGCCCCCGAGGUCUUAGAAGGAGCCAUCAACUUCCAGAGAGAUGCCUUCCUCCGGAUCGACAUGUACGCCAUGGGCCUGGUGCUGUGGGAGCUGGUGUCCCGCUGCAAGGCUGCAGACGGUCCGGUGGAUGAGUACAUGCUGCCGUUCGAGGAGGAGGUUGGUCAGCAUCCAUCACUGGAGGACCUGCAGGAAGUCGUGGUCCACAAGAAGAUGAGACCAACCAUCAGAGAGCCGUGGCUCAAACACAGCGGUCUAGCUCAGAUCUGUGAGUCGGUCGAGGAGUGCUGGGAUCACGACGCCGAGGCUCGCCUGUCGGCCGGCUGCGUGGAGGAGAGAAUCGCCCAGAUCCGCCGCCUCACCGCCACCAUCGCCCCACCUACCUCCGAAAACAACACCCUGCUGGGUUCCUCUGUCGCACCUGUUCCCAUGGUAACUAACGUGGACCUGCCGCCCAAAGACUCCAGUAUAUGAGUCUAUGAAAGAAACGAGGUGCACACACCACGCCAUCGCUCCGCAGUGGAAUUUCGGGCGUGAGAGCAGCUGCUAUUUUACUCUCUGGACUUCUUUUGGACUCUUUGUGAUUCCCUCUCGUCCGUCGGGACGGAGUACCAGCACACCUCGUUGUUCCUAAGUUUUCCUCUCAGUGGGACUCAUUCGUGUCUUUUUAACCAGGCGUGUGUUUUAUGAGAAAACGCGUUCAGGGUCCGACUCAGUGAAUGCUUCGAUCUCCAGGUACCUCAGCGACCCUUUUUAUUCGCUCAUUUUUUACCGCUUUCCUCUCUCAUUCCUGCCUCUGCGGUCUUCUACUCACAUCUGGAUCAUAUCUACCCACCUGACAACAGCGUCACCUAGCAACCACCUGUCACCAGGCGACUACAAUGCUGCAAAACCCACAGAGGAGCCCGAGACUGUUACACAGCAAACACACACCCACAGCGACCGCUUUACUACUUUACCUGGACUUUAGUUUUUAUCGGUCUCCUGCGACAACACGUCUCUGUUUGCAUCUUUAAAUCCAACGGACGGAAACAGGAAGUGAUGUCAGACGGAAAAAGGCGAAAUGGGCCUGUUUGUUUCCAGUGUGGCGGUUUCCGUUCUCCCGUGUUUUGUGUCUCAGUCUUCUCGCCUGGGGGUGAAGGCAGAGAGACUGUGAUUGGUUGGCCUCACAUUGCAGAGGUGUGAUUGGCUGACUGCGCUCAACCACAGCAUUUUGGUUGGUUUGGAAAUAAUUUCUCAGGUAAUCAAACCUACAGGUGAAUGAUGCAUGCAUUCAGGUGUGUGUGUG